AUGGAAAAAAGUAAAUCAAAAGCGCCAAUUCGUAAGACGCCGACGAGGAAAGCAAAGAGUGAAGGCGGUUUCCAAGUAAUUUGGACGGCUGGAUGUGGUGGCUGUGCUGACACAAGCACAUCCACCACAUCCAAAAAACGUGUGUCGGCAGAAUCACCGCCUCCAACACAACAGCCUUCACUACCACCGCCUCUACCACCAACGCCUCCACCACCAACGCCGCCGCCGCCGCCGCCGCCGCCAUCACCGCCACCAAUAGUUUUAGCGGAAAUACCGCGAUAUCUGAGAAGCGGCCAGUGUAUGCCGGCGCCAUACAUGGAAUACGCGCAGAUGCACAGUUUCGGAUAUCGUGCACCGCGACCACGACUACCGCCACCGCCAGUAACGCAUAAGGCCACUCAGGUGUAUAACCCUUCGCCGGCUGCCCAAGUGUACAAUCCUCCGCAGCCCACUCAGGUGUACAACACUCCGCGGGCGACUCAAGUGUACAAUCCUCCGCAGGCCACUCAGGUGUACAACCCUUCACCGGCGAUUCAAGUGUACAAUCCUCCGCAGGCCACUCAGUUGUACAACCCUUCGCUGGCUGCCCAAGUGUACAAUCCUCCGCAGCCCACUCAGGUCUACAACCCUCCGCCGGCCGCCCAAGUGCACAAUCCUCCGCAGCCCACUCAGGAGUACAACACUCCGCGGGCGAUUCAAGUGUACAAUCCUCCGCAGGCCACUCAGGUGUACAAUCCUUCGCCGGCGAUUCAAGUGUACAAUCCUCCGCAGGCCAUUCAGUUGUAUAACCCUUUGCCGAUUGCCCAAGUGUACAAUCCUCCGCAGCCCACUCAGGUCUACAACCCUCCACCCGCCACCCAAGUAUACAAUUCUCAGCAAGCCACUCAGGUCUACAACCCUCCACCCGCCACCCAAGUAUACACUCCUCCGCAAGCCACUCAGGUCUACAACCCUCCACCAGCCACUCAAGUGUCCAAUCCUCCGCAGGUCGCUGAGGUCUAUAACCCUCCGUCGGCCUCCCAAGUGUACAAUCUUCCGACAGCUACCCAAGUGUACAAUCCUCCGCAACCCACUGAGGAGUACAAUCCUCCUAUAGUAUAA